GUCCACCGGGUUGGGUCGCGGAGGAUCUAGAGAGAGAGAGAGAUGGCGGAGAAGGCCUCGGCGGCGGAGAAAGCGCCGGCGGGAGUGGAGAAGGUGGUGUCGGAGGCGGAGGAGCUGCCGAAGACUAUCGUGCGCAGGGUGGUGAAGGAUAGGCUCUCCCAGUUGUCUCCCGAUAGCGAUAUUUCUGUUUUGAGAGAAGCUCUUCAGGCCUUCUCCGAGAGCACCCGAAUCUUCAUCCACUACCUCUCUGCCACGGCAAAUGACAUAUGCAAGGAAUCCAAGAGACAAACCAUUAAUGCAGAUGAUGUCUUUAAGGCACUUGAAGAAGUAGAGUUUCCCCAGUUUAUUGAGCCUCUAAAGGCCUCUUUGGAAGAGUUAAGACAGAAGAAUGCUGGAAAGAGAUCUGCGUCCAAGGUGAAGGAAGGGAGUAGAAAGAAGAAAAAAGAGUCGCCUGUGGAAGAUGGAGGUGAAGACCAACAAGCUAAUGUGGAAGAAGAGAAUGAAGAUUAAUUAGGACAUUGCCAUUUGGCCCCUGCCAACGGCUAAAAAUUGGACUAGUAAUUUGCCUCGCGUUGUUGUAUUUUAAGUUGGUAGCGCAUUUACAUACUUCUUGCAUUUGGUAAUUUCGUCAUGCUGUCACUGUAGAUGCUAAUUUUGGUUAGUUUAAGUCGUUGACAGAGAGGGGGUUGGCAAUUGAACUAAACUAACUAAUUUUUUUGUAUUGAAA